AUGGCCAUUGUCAAGGUCACCAGCAAGGGCGUAGGUGUAGCCCGUCAUCUCAUAACUAAAACACGUGCUGCCUCGACAUCGACAGUGACUGCGCAAGCAGCUGCCACACAUAGCUUACCACCUGGGUUCACGGCUCAGAUUGGGAAACUAGAGACUUUUAGUCUGCCUGAGAAGGUUUCGGGGUCUGUGUGUGACAAGGCCAUAGCAGACGCCAUGAUCAGUGCCUGGCGCCGAGAUGGUAUAUUGCAGAUUGACAUGUCAAAAGCACAGCGAAGGCUUUACCAAGCCGCCAACGCCGCAAGCAGGCGCUUCUUCUCGCGACCAUAUGUACAGAAGCAAGCCUGCGUUGACGACAUGAGCUACUCAGGAUACAUCGCAUCUGGUGAGGAGAUCACUGAUGGAGUUGCCGACUACUCAGAGAUCUUUACCGUGACAAAGGAUCUACCACACACCGAUAAGCGAGUUGCCCAAGGCUGGCCGUGCCAUGGACCGUGCCCAUGGCCUGACCAGAGUAUGAAGAAUGUCAUGAACAGCUACAUGAACGACUUGGCCGUAUCGGGAGAGAAGCUGCUGCAGUUGAUCGAAAUGGGACUGGAUGUUCCCACGGGAUCUCUCACGAGAUACACGGAUGAUGGGUGGCAUCACAUGCGUAUAUUGAGAUUCCCACAGAGAGACAGGACAAAUGGAAAGGGGAAAAACGGCCGUGGCAUAGGCUCUCAUACAGACUACGGUCUGCUUGUCAUUGCCGCUCAAGACGACGUUGGAGGACUCUUUGUUCGCCCACCGCGUCAGGAUGAGCAAUUUGCCAACUGGGAAAAGACGUCCGCUGGACUGAGGGAAAAUGAUGCUGGGUGGGUGUAUGUGCCUCCCACUGCAGGGACAUUCACCGUCUUCCCAGGUAAGCGUCCAAAUGCUCUUAUUCGAAGAAGCAUUGGCUCACAUAUUUUUUCCUCAGGCGAUAUGAUGCAGUAUAUGACCAACAACUUUCUCAAGUCAACCCCGCAUAAAGUCGGGCUUAAUGUUCGUGAACGGUUUGCCUUUGCGUACUUUCACGAACCCAACUUUCGUUCUGUGAUUAAGCCCCUGCCUGGCUACAAUGCCGGACAGUCGCCGAUGGGCGGGAUACAUUAUGGAACUCAUUUCACAAACAUGUUUCUGAGGAAUUAUCCCGACAGAGUUACCACCGCUCGGCUCCGAGAGGAGGGCCGAUACCAUUUACUCGGAUCGGAGCAGCUUCGGGAUGAGAAUGAUAUGCUGUAG